AUGCCGCCCGAAAUUCCCAAGUCGCUGCCGCAGUACACUCUACUCAACAAGGAUAAACUAGUCGGGCCCACCAAACAAGCAUUGGACACGAGUUCUGAAUCCAACGAAAUCCAAGGCUUCAUACCCUCAGCCAAAGUCGAGGGAGAUGGUCCAAAUGCCGACGUCGAUGUUGUGGAGUCAGAUGAUGGGGGAGACUUAGCCGCCCUCGUUGAUGAUGUCGAAGAAGAGCGUGUAGCCCCAGGGCGACGAACUGCAUACACCAGAGCGGCUACGCAUCCAAUCGUACUCACUGUUGAAGCAUCUGGAGGAUAUACGGGAAGCGAUGUCUACUCUCUUGCGCAACAGUCUACAGUCAAUGAGGAAAAGGUGCAUGGUGGUGUUGUGUUUCUGCGGCCUGUCAAACUUUUCGUAAGACACGAGUCACUCAUUAGGGAGAGCCUGAAGGAACUUCAACUUGCCGGAGGGCGCGAGCGUCUAGGAUAUAUCAACCGAUUCGACGACGAAAAGUCCGGUCACCUCGAUGGUUUUGUCGUUGACUGCUUGAGUCUUGGAACCGAUGGCUCUUCUUAUGUCCCCAAACUUGAAACGAUUGCUAUCAAACAUUAUAACGGAAAAAGAAGAAUCCCGACCCUACCGGUAUACCCUCUUCGGUUUGAUUCCAGAGAGGCCGAGUUGCGCACCAAGUUCUCUGCCAAUGGAAAACGCUUUUUGGACCUGACCCGUCAUCCAUUUUGUCACAAGACAGUCCGGGGAAAGACUUUGGAUGAGCCAUCAUACGAACUCGAUGCGCAAGUCAUUGUGGAUAUGACACUUGCGUCGACCGCAAAGUCCGAAUGGCGACUCGGGUCCAGCAUAUCGACUGACGACUUCACUCAGAGACGAAAGAGAAACGAAAGAGCAGUCCUGGUCGACGCCAUCUUCAAAGACCUCGAAUAUGAGGAAUUGGACGCGGCGAUGUUUGCUGCAAAAGCGAUGGGGAUGCUGGGCCCGCUCCAGGCAGAUGAUCUGACGGAAGAAGAUUUGAUGCUAAUGCAACCCUAUGUCUAUGCGUUCGUCCUUCGUUCUAGACAAUGGGUGAAUGUAAGGACAUCAGAUCUACACGACGUCAUGUUCGAGAACAGUUUCCAGGACCUCGUGAUUCCGGUUGAUCACAAAGAGACGGUGAGAGCGUUGGUAAAGACUCAUGAGGACGCACGAGCCUCUCACCUUUUUGGAGCUUGUAUACCAAGCAUUGGGUCUGCAUUAGACCUGGUCAAGGGAAAGGGUGCUGGGCUGAUCAUUCUCCUACAUGGUCCGCCAGGCGUUGGCAAAACGUCGACGGCUGAGUGCGUUGCCGACGACACGAAACGACCGCUCUACCCGAUUACCUGCGGCGACAUUGGCAGAACAGCUGCCGAACUCGAGUCAAACCUCCAAUACAACUUCAGGCUUGCGCACAAAUGGGGCUGCGUUCUGCUUCUCGACGAGGCUGACAUCUUCCUUGCGAAGCGGACAAAAACCGAUAUUCGACAUAACGCUCGACAUAACGCAGUGACCAGCGUGUUUCUCCGCAGCCUCGGGUACUACGCUGGUAUCUUGUUCUUGACCUCUAACAGGGUCGGCGCCAUUGAUCCGGCAUUCAAGUCGAGGAUCAAAAUGUCACUCUCGUACCCGAAGUUGGACUUGAGCGUGACGACUCAGCUCUACCAAAAGUUCAUCGACCGGGCCAGAGCGGAGCAAGAGGCCACUCGGACCCAUCGUUUCAAGAUUAGAGACAAGGAGAUCCUAGCCUUUGCCAAGAAGCAUUUCAUCGGACUUGAGAGGAAAAAUCGGGAAACUUGGAAUGGAAGGCAAAUCCGUAACGCCUUUCAAACAGCCAUAGCACUUGUCGAGUACCAGUAUAUGACAAAGGAUACGGACGAACCCAAGCCUUCUCUCGGGAAGAAACAGUUCAAGUCUGUGGCCCAGGGAUCCAGAGAGUUUGAUAAUUACCUGUAUAGUGUCUUGGGGUCGACAGAGGCGGGCGAAGCCAGGCGCGAUGGCUGGCGUGAUGAUGGAUUCAUGGUUGCACCUGCGCCCAUGGCUAUGAAUCAUCCAGGUACGGCUCAAAGAUCGCAGGCGGCCUGGUCGUCUCACAGCAGACAGGCACGGAAAAAGGUGCCGCAGGUAUCCGACUCCGGUGAUCUGUCAGAUUCCGAUACUGAUGAGGAUGACUCGGACGAGAGUGGUAAGGAAAAGAACGAGUAUUCUGUAGCAGGGGCGGCUGCUGCCAAGGUUACCAUUGAGGCACAAUCCGCUAGCAUUUCUGGGGGCUCCAUUUACAUGGAGCAGUUCCAAAAAAGUUUGUAG